AUUUGCUAGUGGGCCCAGAGAAAGCUCUGCAUUCUCUCUACUGUCUCAAUCAGCUACGAGCAGACUGGCACUCGGAUAUCUUGGCAUCGAACCAACUGAGGAGCAGCAACAAAGCCUCCGGCAGCAGCUUCAAGUGGACUCCAAGGGAACAGUGGCCUAUGGAGACUUUGUCCAGGCUGCCAGAGACUUGUUCCGAUUGCAGCUUGGUGAGACUGCAGCAGGAGCAGGAGCCAGCAUGUUUGCUUCCAGUGAAGAGGCCACCCUGACUGAGACAACCCAUUCCACACAGAUUACAUCGUCCAGUUCAGUGGAUACAGAAGAUUUGGAAAGAGUCACCCAAGAAAGGAAUGAGGCAUUAAAAGAGCUAAAGAAAGUGAAGGAUGAAAUGGUGGAAUCUGAGAAAAGCAGAAAACAAUUGACUGAUGAGCUGCAGAAAGUUAAACAGGAAGCUAAGAGUGCAGUCGAGGAGUGCCGUGCUCUGCGGAAUCGAAUCCAGCUGGCUGAGGCAGCCCAUCGGCAGGCACAGGGCAUGGAGAUGGACUACGAGGAGGUGGUUCAGCUGCUGGAGGCUGAGAUUACAGAGCUCAAAGCUCAACUGGCAGAUCAGCAAGGGCAGACCAAGGCAAGGCACAGAGUCACCCCUUGUUACUGUAGCAACACCAUGGUCAUCGGGCCAUGUUCUGGAUAUGUUUGUUUUUACCCAUCCCUGCAAAGUAGGUCAGAGCCUGUCAGCGUAUGA